AUGCUCUCCAUGCGCUCUCUAUUGCAGGCCAUGCGCCCUGCCCAUACUAUCCUUACUCGAAACACAACUCGUGUGUCAUCGCGCCUCAUCUCAAGCCAGCUUUUCGCUCCUUCUCGUUCACAAAUACCUACCGUCCUCAACCAGCGCCACCUUACACCUUCAAUAACAGUCCGCCAAAACUCAACUACCGCCCCAUCAAAACCUUUAACCGACCGUCCGGAAACCCAAGAUCCAGAGGGCGAAAAGAACAACGAGGAUCGCCGCAAGGAGGAAGAAGCCUACCGCAUCGUGUUUACAUGCAAGCCAUGCAGUCACCGCUCCUCGCACCGCAUGUCCAAGCAGGGCUACCACCGCGGCACGGUGCUUAUCCAGUGUCCCUCGUGCGAGUCGCGCCAUGUGAUCAGCGAUCACCUGGGCAUCUUCUUUGAUCAGAGCACCACGCUGGAAGAUCUCUUGCAGCAGAGAGGCCAAGUGGUAACCCGCGGCCAUACAGAUGGGAAUAUGGAGUUCUGGGAAGAUGGGACGGUGAAGAGGGUUGACGAGGAGGGGAUUCCGCAGUCCCUGGAGACGGAAUCGGUGUCGGAUCCGGAGCAGGAAACACCUUCGGAGGGGAAAAAGUCGCCUUAA